CAUCAUUACUUGAGACAUACGAUUACUGAUCGCCCCGAUAUGUAUUAAGCGAUUAGUAAUUGCAAGUCCUAAGCCGUUAAUGUGCGACUGCCGAUUGGUAUGAGAGCCAAUCUGUCUAGACUUUAGUAGGAAAUCUAGAGUUUGAUAUCGGGAGACGCAUUGUACCGACUGUCCGCAUGCGAAUGCUUAAUUUCGGUUUUCGGUUCGUUACCAUAACCAUCUGGUCCGAAUGGGCCCGCGAUGUAAUGAGCAGACAGCAUCACCCGGCUGAAGGUGGCGGUUACUAAGCCAACUGGAAGAAUAUCGAAUUAUUCAAUCGCCUGAUCCUGUCAGAAGGAGGUGUCUGCUUUAAAAAGAGAAAGCCUUCACUAAAGGACCCAUUAGAUAAACCUUAGUUCCACAUCCUAUAUCUUACAGUUCCAUUGCAAUCAUGACUUCGAUCUCAGCAAUCCGCGCCCAGUUGCAGCCCAUUCCCCUUCCUACGCAGUCAUUCGCAGACCAGACAAUCAUCGUCACAGGAUCCAACACUGGCCUCGGUUUUGAAGCGGCGCUACACUUCGUACGACUCAAUGCGGCGCGAGUAAUCCUUGCAGUGAGAUCUGUAAAGAAAGGCGAUGACGCAAAAGCCUCUAUUGAAACCUCCACGAACCGCAAAAAUGUUAUCGAGGUGUGGCAGGUCGACAUGUCCGACUACGAUUCCAUUAAAGCCUUUGCAACAAGGUGUGAUUCGCUGGACAGGUUAGACGCUGUCAUUGCAAAUGCAGGUGUUUUGAGAAACACUUACGAGGAGUCUGAUGGGACCGAGAUUACCAUCAAGGUGAAUGUUAUCGGGACGUUUUUGCUUGCAAUCAACCUCUUUCCGGUUCUGAGGAGAUCAGGAGCAAAAGUCGGAAAAGCAUCUAGGCUAGUGGUCACAAGUUCUGUCAUGCACGAAGAAGCAAAAUUCCUAGAGCGAAAAGAACCCUCGAUUUUCCAAGCGUUUAACAAGAACAAGAAGUCGUACAUCGGAGAUCGAUACAGCACCUCUAAACUCCUCGAAGUUUUUCUAGUCCGUUCCUUAGCCGCAGCUAUUCGGAAAGGUCCUCACGCCACAGAGCCCUUGAUUCUUAAUGAUGUCAACCCAGGUUUAUGCCAUUCGGAACUCGAUAAGGAAGCUAAGGGAAUCGCUAGCUAUAUCCUCUCAGUCGCCAAAGCCCUGAUGGCUCGAACAACGGAGGUUGGAGGCCGUACGCUUGUUCACAGUGCUGCUGCUGGGACCGAAAGUCACGGGCAAUACAUGAGCGAAGCCAAGGUCAAGGAGCCGAGCACGUUUGUCAGGAGCGCCGAGGGAGCCAAGACUCAAGAACGUGUGCAUAAGGAGUUGAUGGAUAUUCUGGAGACGAUCCAACCAGGGAUCACUGACAAGAUAUAAUUAGGGGGUUUCUAGGCGUUGUUGCGACGACUAGAGUAGUAAUUCUAUUUAACGAUGUGACGGCUAGGAGGCUGCUGAAAAUGGCAGCUUUCGUCGCUGUUUUACGUAGCUUACUUGCCUACUUUUCAAUACUCCCACGCCCUAAACUUAAUCGCCGCACACCUAUUGUGCCUUAGGUUCAUACACAACUGCUAAAAGACACUUUCUAAGAAAGCAUGUUAGAAUUAAUCUAACUUCCCUAUAAAGAUC